AUGGGCGUUCUCGUCGUCGCAGUAGCAGCGACUGGACCUCCGAGAGUGGGGGGGAGGAGGGGAGGAGGGGAGGAGGAGGAGGCGGCGGAGGAGGAGACCGAGGAGGAGGCGGCGGAGGAGGAGACCGAGGAGGAGGAGGCGGAAGAGGAGGAGGAGGCGGACGAGGAGGAGGAGGCGGACGAGGAGGAGGAGGCGGAAGAGGAGGAGGCGGAAGAGGAGGAAGCGGCGGAAGAGGAGGAGGAGGAGGCGGACGAGGAGGAGGAGGAGGAGGAGGAGGAGGAGGAGGAGGAGGAGGAGGAGGAGAAAGGGUAA